UGACACUCGGGAGAGAUCACACACUCCCAGCUCCGAGCCGCGAGAGAGCGGAGCGAACCGAGCCGCUCACACGCCGCCGCCCCGUGCGCCCAGCUCUCCCCGCGCGGCGCUCCAGCCUGGAGCCGGUGCCCAGAGCGGCCGCCCGUUGAGCCCGCGCCGGCUCCCCUCUCAGCUGCAGCAUCCUCCCGCCGCCCGGCCCCCGCACUCUCCCUGCCUUUUAAAAGGACCUUCUGCCGCUCCCUCGCUCUGCCCCGGAAUCCCCCCAGUUCUGCGCUUCUCCCCGCGCCACUUCGCAGCAACUUCGGCGGCCGCGCGCCGCCAGCCCUCGCCCGCCUUUGAAGUUUGCAGCGCCGGCCGCAAAGUUGGGACACUUCGGCCCAUUUCAUUUUUCUCCUUUAUCCGCUUCCUCCUCCACCCACCUCCCCCAAGUCCCUUUGGUUCCUGAGUACUGGUGCUUAGCAUCUUGGCCGGAGCCGGGGACGUGGCCCCAUCACACCUCGGGAAGGGAUAUUUCCUCUUCCCCGCAGGAAAACAUUUUUUGUAAGGAUGGUGCCUCUCCACUGGUGUAUGCUGUGGCUGCUGUUACCACUCAGCUCCAGGACCCAGAAGUUACCCACUCGAGAUGAGGAACUCUUUCAGAUGCAAAUUCGGGACAAGGCAUUUUUUCAUGAUUCGUCAGUAAUUCCAGAUGGAGCUGAAAUUAGCAGUUAUCUCUUUAGAGACACACCUAAAAGGUAUUUCUUUGUGGUGGAAGAAGACAACACGCCAUUGUCAGUCACAGUGACUCCCUGCGAUGCGCCCUUAGCGUGGACGCUGAGCCUCCAGGAGCUGCCAGAGGAGGCGAGCGGGGAAGGCUCAGGUGAUCCAGAGCCUCUGGCUCAGCAGAAGCAGCAGAUCAUCAACGAGGAAGGCGCAGAGUUAUUCUCCUACAAAGGCAACGACGUGGAGUAUUUCAUAUCUUCUAGUUCUCCAUCUGGUUUAUAUCAGUUGGAGCUUCUUUCAACAGAGAAAGACACACAUUUCAAAGUAUAUGCCACCACAACUCCAGAGUCUGACCAGCCCUACCCUGAAUUACCUUAUGACCCAAGAGUCGACGUUACCUCCCUGGGAUGCACCACGGUCACUUUGGCUUGGAAACCGAGCCCCACGGCCUCUUUGCUGAAACAACCCAUUCAGUACUGUGUGGUCAUCAACAAAGAGCACAAUUUCAAAAGUCUCUGCGCAGUGGAAGCGAAGUUGAGUGCAGACGACGCUUUCAUGAUGGCACCAAAGCCCGGUCUGGACUUCAGCCCUUUUGACUUUGCCCACUUCGGAUUUGCUUCGGAUAAUUCAGGUAAAGAGCACAGCUUCCUGACAAAGCCGUCUCCAAAACUGGGGAGGCACGCCUACUCGAGGCCCAAGGUUGACAUUCAGAAAAUCUGCAUAGGAAACAAGAACAUCUUCACCGUCUCGGAUCUGAAACCCGAUACGCAGUACUACUUUGACGUCUUCGUGGCCAACAGCAACAGCAAUAUGAGCACUGCUUACGUGGGCACCUUUGCCAGGACCAAGGAAGAAGCAAAACAGAAGACAGUUGAGCUGAAAGAUGGGAAAGUUACGGAUGUGUUCGUUAAAAGGAAGGGGGCAAAGUUUCUACGGUUUGCUCCAGUCUCGUCUCACCAAAAAGUCACCUUAUUUAUUCACUCUUGUCUGGACGCUGUCCAAAUCCAAGUGAGAAGAGAUGGGAAACUUCUUCUGUCUCAGAACGUGGAAGGCAUUCGACAGUUUCAGCUGAGAGGAAAACCUAAAGCCAAAUAUCUCAUUCGACUGAAAGGAAACAAGAAGGGAGCAUCUAUGUUGAAAAUACUAGCUACCACCAGGCCCAGUAAGCAGUCAUUUCCCUCUCUUCCUGAAGACACGCGCAUCAAAGCCUUCGACAAGCUGCGUACCUGUUCUUCAGCCACCGUGGCUUGGCUAGGCACCCAGGAAAGGAACAAGUUUUGCAUCUACAAAAAGGAAGUGGAUGAUAAUUACAGUGAAGACCAGAAGAAAAGAGAGCAAAACCAAUGCCUUGGACCAGAUACAAGGAAGAAAUCAGAGAAGGUCCUCUGUAAAUAUUUCCACAGUCAAAACCUGCACAAAGCAGUGACCACAGAAACAAUCAAAGGUCUUCAGCCUGGAAAAUCUUACCUGCUGGAUGUUUAUGUCACAGGACACGGGGGGCACUCUGUGAAGUAUCAGAGUAAAGUUGUAAAAACCAGGAAGUUCUGUUAGUUACCUUGUAUAGAGAUAUAUCACUUAGAACUCCAGGAGAGACAUUAAAUCACUUUAAGUAUAAACUGACUACUCCCACAGCUGAGAGAAGUUGUGACCUGUACUUGUACUAUGGAAGAAGGGAUAUCAACUGGUGUAUAUUGAUGUUUAUAUAAGUAAUUGUUGGAGGAGACUUGGUCUAGUGUGCCCCAAUGGUACCUAGUGUGUAUCUGAUAUCCACUGAUGUCAAAGAGAAAGGACAUCUUGAAGGAACUGCCAUCCCUUGCUUUGACCACUGCAUGAACUGCUUCUAAAUUAUUUUAUCACCUAAAAAUUUUGAAUAUGCCAUUCAUUGCACACAUCCACAAAUGCAAAUUAUUCCUCUCAAUAGAUGCUAGAAUAUAUAUAAAUUAUUUUAUAAAGUCUUGUUUUAAUUGUCAGUGUUUCUAUGAUUGUAAACUAUUAAAUUCUUUUCCUGUUAAAGUACAGAUCUAAUCUAAGUAUAUUAAGUGGACAGCCCUUUAGUCAGUUCUAUUGCUAUUGUAAAUUCUUUUUUUUUUUUUUUUUUUCCCGAUAUGUGGGCCUCUCACUGUUGUGGCCUCUCCUGUUGCGGAGCACAGGUUCCGGACGCGCAGGCUUAACGGCCAUGGCUCACAGGCCUAGCCGCUCCACAGCAUGUGGGAUCUUCCCAGACCGGGGCACGAACCCAUGUCCCCUGCAUUGGCAGGCGGACUCUCAACCACUGCACCACUAGGGAAGCCCUAUUGUAAAUUCUUAUCUGUUGAGUAAAAUGUUUAAGUACUGUAUGUAUCUCAUGUACAAAGUUGACAUACAUUAUAUUCAUGUAUAUAAAAUUAAAGAUAUUAGAUUAUAUACUGUUCAUUUUCCCAAGCAGCUACCUUGGUGUAUUCAAUUUCUAUUCUGUCCCCCAAACUGCGCCUUUAUGUAAUUUUGCACCAGGUUUGACCCUUUUUUAAUAGUUAAAAGGCAUGCUGCAUCUCUCUAAAGUUACUGUGGCAUUAGAGACAGUUAUUGAAAUUUGUAUUUUGACAUUGAAUAGGAGCUAGCUGUUGUGAGAAUUGAGAGCGCACCAAUGGACUUGGAAUAAGACAAGCCUCAAAAUACUGUAGCUCGAUAAGUAUUCAACAAAUCGUCCUUAACAACCUAAAAUAUAUUACCUCUCUUUUAAAAAUAACCAUCUAUUUUAAGUACAAAAUUGGGAUAUGCCAAAUAUUUUCCAGCUGCUUGAAUAUUAGCAAAAUAAUUGUUUUGAUUUCUAGUGGGAACAGCUAAGCAACCACCAAUUAGGACUUUAAUUAGUCAUGAGAAAAAUAUGGAAGCUGCUGGUUUGUAACAUUAACAGUCUGUUACUUUUAGCUUUGAUUUUUCAUGAAUCUUCAAAAAGUAAUCUAGGUGUAAGAUAAAAUUUAGGCAAAUAAUAAUAGGAACCUUCAUUUAUCAAAAACUCUUUACAGAGGGCAGUUUUAGAUAGUUUCAUUCUCCACAGGUUCUAUACAUGAUGUGUCAUGAAAACACUGGAGGAUUUAGAAGAGUCUGGGAUUUCCAGUCAACUAGGCUAUGCGGCUUUAGGAAAAUCUGCUAUGUCCCCUUGUUCCUCUUUCCCAGUUAUAAAAUUAAGUGGUGAUAGAUGUGGAUAAGAUGAUAUCAUAGGAUACCUUCUAUCAUGACACAUUGUCUUUUGUAGAAUUCUAUGAUUCUAAAUGAGAAAGUGUCUCUGUAACUACAAGUGGGGCAGGUGUAAUUCCUUAACCACUGCAUUUCCCCUAUGUGCUGGCACCGCCUUUCAUGUGGUGGGCCUCUCGCUGCUGCGGCCUCUCCCGUUGCGGAGCACAGGCUCCGGACGCGCAGGCCUGGCGGCCAUGGCUCACGGGCCCGGCCGCUCCGCGGUAUGUGGGAUCUUCCCGGACCGGGGCACGAACCCGUGUCCCCUGCAUCGGCAGGCGGACUCUCAACCACUGCACCACCAGGGAAGCCGGAGUAGCAUUCUAAUGGAGUAUAAAGUCACUAUGGCUUGGAGAGUAUAAGUGGUGGUCCUUAGGAGAAAAUAUCCCCUCUAAAAAUGUGUCAUCCAAUUCAUCAGUGUUAAGAUAUCAAAACAAAAUUUAUCAUAUCUGUAUGAAGCAUUGUGACACCUGAAAUAAUUUUUUAAAAGGAAGAAAGAGCAUGUCCCCAGUGGCCACAUAACCAACCAACUUGGAUGGAGAACUUUAAAACGGACAAUAUCCCAGAGACCUUCUUAUCCUAAGUUAUAAAUACGGUGCCUUUGGAAGGAGAAUCUACUUUCUCAUAUUAUUCACAAAUAUAUUAUUACAGAGCAAUGUGCUAAAUGGGACUACAGUGAAUCAAAGAGUUAUUGCAGCUUCUGAAGGUGACGGACUUAACUCCCAGAUAUUGCUAAAUGCCUGGGGAACGCUGGGAGCCAGGCCAAAUCAAUUUAACCAAGCUUUUAUUUUUUAGCCAACUGGGAUGGCGGUUUCUAUGUACUCUGGAUAUACCAGAGAAUUCUUUCAUGGCCCCAGUGAAAUUUGCCUUUUAAAAAUUAUGGGAAAAUUAAACACACAUUGUGAAACUUCUAUCACUCAUAAAGGAAGAGAGAAACCUAUUAAAAACAAAGCUCUCUUAUUUACUAAUGUGUUUAGAUUUUAGGAGCAUUCAGGUGAACUGAGGACAAGAAAGAAAAAUUUGUUCUUAAUUAACAAAAGAACUAGAAAGCUAAUAUGAAAGCACCACCUUUUCUCCAUUAAGCUCCGGGAUAGCUGUACUGAGAACAGGGCAUUUAGAAUACCAAGUAUAGCCAUAGUAUCUUUGAGGAGGGAGGAAUCUCUGAGGACAUUUUAUUUGAGUUCACUGUCUUUAUUUUUCAGGUGCAAAAGGAAAUUGAAUACCAGAGAAAUAAAAAGAAAGUUCUCAUAGUCGAAACAAAUAAGUAAUAGAAUUGCUUGGACUCCAAAAUCCUUACUAGAAUAUAAAUCACCAAUUCUUAGGGAAAAGAAGUCACUUAUGGAUUAUUUUCCAAAAGGAAAUAAAAUUUUUGUCUUAUUUAUGACUUCAAAGCAACUCAUUCUUAAAGACCAUUUCAAAUUUCGUUAAGACUGUGUGUGUAACCCAUAACUGACAACUGCAAACUUGUAAGAAAAAAAAAGUUAUGAUUAUUUUUAGAGACAGAAGGUAUUCUAAUCUAGGUUUGCAUGUACACACAAACUGAGGCUGUUAAGUUCAUUAGUCAAUUAUUUUAAUCUAAAACUAUUCAGAAUCUAUACAAGUUUAUAGCAGAUGAUUUUCUUGGUUAAAUUAUAAUCAAUGUCUAGAUUAAUUUUUUAAACAUCAGAGGAUUAGUGCUGGAAAGGAUAUAUGCAUUGAUUAUUUUAGUUACUCCGAAUACACUUGGAAAAGUUGUGAUCUUUGUAUCCUGAAAAGCCAAAUGAAGCAACGUCAAAUAAAAAAUCACUUAGAUGAACUUUAGAGUUUGAAAUCAGUUUUAAUGGUUUUUGAUAGUUUGGGAGGUCCAGACACCAUUGAAAACACACACACACACACACACACACACACACUCACACACUCACACACACACAAACACACACACACGUUUUGAAUACAAUUCAAGGAAUUUGUUGGACCUGAAACCAACAGGAAUCUCUUCCAACACAUUACUAAUGCCUCUUAGAGAUCAUCUAGUUCAACUAUCUCAAUUUAUAGAUGAGGAAAUUGAGGCUCAGCUAAGACUAGAACCCAGAUUCCUGUACUCCCAGUUUAAUGUUCACUCCAGGAGUUCAUUUUAAACACUUCUUCACUCCAGAAGACAUGCAGCCGCUCACCCAGACUGUGCACCUUUGUCUCUCUUCACUGGCUGGCUUCAACACAAAAACCAGCAUCUAACUUGAAGAACAAGGUCCUUUGGAGCAUCUCCAGCCACUUCCUUCCCCACUUAGAUAUGGUGCAAUAGAGAUAAAGUCAGCUGGGAACUUGCCUUUGGGUCCUUCCCCCAGGACCAAGCAAAGUGACUGCAGCCCGAUUUCAGCUGUACUCUGUUUGAAGUUGUCCGCAGGACCUGGGAGACAUCAGGGCACACUCAUCAUUGUGUUUUUCCCAGAGAGUUUUGGUCCGAAAAAUAUGCAGUAGCUUGGGAUUUGGGUCUUUGUUGUUGUUGUGAAGGUGGGAAAUGGGAGAGAGGAGAACAGAGAGAGGAAAUGGAGCAUGGAGCAAAGUAUAGUUUUAUCUAAUUUCUUUCUCAAAGUGGUCUGAGAGAUCAAGGGAAGUUGAUCUAAUACAGCUUAAUUUUAUUAAGGUUUUGGAUUCUGUUCUACACACAACCUGACACCGGAAAAUUUAAUAGAUCACCAUCCGCUCUAUUAAAAUUGCGUCCCGCUAUUUGCUAGGAAUGGUUGAUCAUGUAUCUGGGUAAGAUUUCCUUCAUUUCUGUUUCUUUGCAUUCCCCUUCCUCAACCUUUGAGAAAUAAACUUAGUAAUCAAAGUUUAGAGAUGAAAUUACUUAGAAUGGCUUUUCAUAUCCACCCUUAUACCUCUUUCAAAGAUAUUUUACAAUAUUCUUUCAAAGUAUAAAAUAUAUAGAAGGCUACUGAUUGCCAUCACAGAAAAAUAAUUGGUGCCAAGAUGGAAGGGUGCAAGGCCUUAGGGGUGGUUAUGUUGCUAUAUUGUCAUUAUUCAGAUUCUAAUGAAGAUAGUGUGGCAUCUAGUGUUAGAGGGGGAAGAGAGUAGUGCCAGGAGGGACACUGCAUCCUAGUAAAAGACCGCUUAGAAGACAGAGAGAAGAAUGAAUGUAACUUGUCAUCCCAUUGCCCUACAGGGGAGAAUUUUCAGAAAAGUGUAAGGUUUUCUGGAAACUUGUUAGAAACUUAGAGUCUAGAAACUUUGAAGCAGGGACACGUCAAGCAGGCUCCCAGGAUGUGGACAUGUCCCAAGACUUCAGAAUUUGAAAUAAUUUUAUGAAUUGAGACUAAGGUGCAAAACAAAGAAGUUACAGCAGAUGGGUUCUUGUUAUGGGUGAUGAGAUCCAGACAGAACAGUUAAAAAUAAUAAUAAUAAUAACCAUCUUACAACUAAGAGAAGCGAUGAAUGCGUUGCUUUGUUUCUUGAGUCCGGUGCUAUUGUCAGAAAGUGAGCUUUAAGAAGCAAUUUCAAAAUGUUUCAAGUCUCUCUCUGCUUGUGUAAAUACUUGCCAAUAUUAAUAUCCAAUCAAAUUGUCAUAAUUUGGAAAGGAGCAAAUAUCCAUUUCUUGUCUAUAGUUAGGCCUUGGUAUAAUCUUUCUACAUUGUGUAAAUAAGGCAGCACAGAAUUAUAUAAACAGUUGUUUUAAGAUACACUUGACAAGACUCCCAAAUGUCCAUAUUUAAUUAUAAUUCUGACAGGAUUUUGCUUCUGAGAAAAAUUAUUUGUAAUAAACAGAACCAAGUACAUUAAUACAUAGCAGGGUUAGAGGUUUGACUGUUCAGUCUCAUCCCUUCCCAUAAAAUGAACUCUGACCUAUUAAAUAAAAUUAACAUAUUGCUACUUUUACCAUGCAGGUUGCAAAAUUUCCCCAAUGCCAAAUCAACAGGCAGUUUUUGGAAGCAGUUUGUUACCCUCAAAAGCCACAGAGAUGUCGCACAGGCCUCUGCAUUUGACUGACCAAUUUUGUGCCCUUCUGUGGAUCCAUAUGGUUAAAAUACCUGGAUUGUGGCUGAACCAUUUAAGAGUUAUAACCACAGAUAUAGUUUGCUGUGGGAGCAAUUUGCUACGAGCAACUGGUGUAGUCACAAAUAUGGCCCAUUUCCAAUGGUUGUGUUCCCAAGUAUCAGAGCAGCCACAAGUAGCCUUAGUGACAUUUAAAGUUUCCUGGUGCUUCUGGAUGUACUAAGAACUUUACUUGAGACCAGCAAAGAGGCAAGUGAAACAACUGAGAGAGACAAAUAAAGGUACAUAUAUUUUUUAAAUAACCAAAUAAAAUUCAACCAAUUUUACUAUGGUAAAAUGUAAUUUUAAAAACAUGUUUUUAAGGAAAUAACAGACUCUUUUAGCUUGCGGGCCUCUCACUGUUGUGGCCUCUCCCGUUGCGGAGCACAGGCUCCGGAUGCGCAGGCUCAGCGGCCAUGGCUCACGGGCCCAGCCGCUCCGCGGCAUGUGGGAUCUUCCCGGACCGGGGCACGAACCCUUGUCCCCUGCAUCAGCAGGCGGACUCUGAACCACUGCGCCACCAGGGAAGCCCUCUUUUAGCUGUUUUUAAUGGUAGUAUUGAAUAUCUCCUUCCUGCCAAAUAAAGUUUGCCGUGCUUCCUCAAGUAAAGAGGCCAAGGUCUAAAUUACAGGUUGCCCAAUUUUGACUUUUUCCAUCAUGCACACGAUCACGGGUUCUCUUGGCUUAUCCACAGGUGAUCUUCAGGUAUGGAAAAAGAUGACAAAGAUAUGAAAGCAGGGUAAGAUCCCAGCACUUACAUUUAAACUACUUUGCAUUUUGUGCAAGUUCCAUUGACUAAUGGAACAGAGCCGGGCUUCAAAUACAGCUGUGUGCUGAGCAAACUUCGCUGCUCUGAAUACUGAACUCCAAUUCCUUUGCCGAUUCGAUGGGCAAGCAUUCCUAAGGCCUGAGUUCAAAUGUGCAGAUAAAUACUCAGUGCUGGAGGUUUUGGUGCCAAAGCCUACAGAAUACUUAUGUUCUGCUAUGGAAAUCUUGGAAAAACAGAACUUCUGUUUUUAAUAUCUCUGAGGAUUUCAGACGGUUCUUAGACUACUUAUUACCUUUCAUAAAACUUACUCCUCCUUUAAAAGUCUCUUGGUGGCUUACCUAUAUUAAAAAAAGGAAAACAAUACUUUUUGAUUCCACUGAGUUUUCUCUUCUCUAUUGAAGAUAAACAAGCUAAUAAGAGAAAGGACAGCAGUGGAAGGAGUGUAGAAAUGGGACUCAGGAUGUGUGGUUUUUUUAACUUCUGUGGUCUUGAGCUUUUCUCAUUCGUAAAAUGAGAAGGGUGAUGAUCUCUUAAGAUUCCUUUUGGUAAAGCAGGGAAACUAACAACUGAGUGCCAGCAUGUGAGAUACAAUUAUUUUAUCCCCAUAACAACUCUGAGAUGAAGACGUUAUUGCAGUCUCAUUGAACAGACAAGGAUCCAAAGAACAAAGAAAUUACAUAAUGUGCUCAGGGUCACAAACUGAAUAAAAAAUGGAUACGUCUGGCUCCAAAUGUAUGCAUCUUUCUAUUUCCAUUUGUGUGGUGUGAGCUCUAGUGCUUAUUGAUGAACUUACAGAAUAGAAUACAUGAGGAGACAAUUGAUUAAAAUGUGGAAAAUUUAAAACAUAUUCAAAGGUUGGCCUGGACAUUUAUCAACAAAUUAUCUUUGACAUGGAUAACUAUGAAGAGCUAGAGAUAAAAGAGAAAUAAUUCACAAAGGAUCACUAAGUUCCUUUUACUGUGUAGGAUUUCUCCAUUUAAUGAUGUCUUAUACUAUAUCACAACAACCUUUCUUUCCAUUUGUUUAUAUAUCUCAUUAUACAGAAUUUGCUGUAAUGCUUGCAUAAGAUAAAAUGUGUCUGUAAUAUGAUGCCAAUAAAC